AUCUCUAUCUCUCCUUUUUUUCCUGUUUCUCCUACUUCCCCUCUCCAUUUCUGCAGAAGAACCAAAUUCCUAAAUCCUCGCUCCCCUCUUCGUGCUCGCAAGUAGUUCAUGCGAAAUGCCUGCUUGGUGGGGGAAAAAAUCCACCAAGAGGAAUGCGAAAGAUCCAAAAUCUCUUUCCCCAACUUCUCCCAGUAGUUUGAAAAAUGAGAUUACAGAGAGAAGAGAGAGACCUAAGAGCUUCGGCGAGCUCUCUGGUAUGGGGGAAACCAGGAACUCACCCAGAUCCAGUAGAGAUUUCCCUAGCGCCAGAGGUUCUUCUGGAUUCUCAGGCUUCGAUUCUCCUUCUUCCAUGGACAGAGGACAUCCGCUUCCUGAGCCGUCCGUGUCCCCUUCUUCUGUUGGAAAUGAUCACGGGGUAGGAUUUGCAUCUGGCUCUGAUUCAGGAUCUAGUGUUAGCUCUUCUGGCUCAUGUGAUGAUCAUAGCCGCAUCGAUCGUUCUCAGUUCUCCUCUUUCAGACGGGGAAUUAGUGAUAGCCGGCAUAGUCCAGUCUCACAAAGCCCUGUUCGUUCAAGGGUGCCUACAACCAGUUCUUCGCCUCUGCAUCCUCGGUCUGGAGGGGUUAAUUUUGAUACUCCAGCAGGAAGGUUGGAUGAAGGGAAGAGUGAAGGCCACCGGUUGCCUCUUCCACCCGGAUCUCCUAAUCAUCUUCUACCGGCUUCUCCUACCAGGCCUUCUACUUUGCCAAUUCCUAGAACUUGUGGUAUAGCUGAAGCCUCAACUGUUAAUCUAUCAAAAUGGAAAAAAGGAAGGCUUCUGGGAAGAGGCACAUUUGGUACAGUCUAUCUUGGAUUCAACAGUGAGAAUGGGCAGAUGUGCGCAAUUAAAGAAGUCAAAGUUGUUGCAGAUGACCGGACAUCCAAAGAGUGCCUUAAGCAAUUGAACCAGGAAAUCACUUUGCUCAGUCAAUUUUCACAUCCAAACAUUGUUCGGUAUUAUGGGAGUGAACUGGGAGAAGAGACGCUCUCAGUUUACUUGGAGUAUGUUUCUGGGGGUUCCAUUCAUAAACUGUUGCAAGACUAUGGAUCGUUUAAGGAGGCUGUUAUUCAAAAUUAUGCUAGGCAAAUUCUAUCUGGCCUGGCCUACUUGCAUGCAAGAAACACCGUGCAUAGGGAUAUUAAAGGAGCAAAUAUAUUAGUUGACCCCAAUGGUGAAAUCAAGCUUGCAGAUUUUGGCAUGGCAAAACAUAUUACAUCAUAUUCUUCAAUGCUAUCUUUCAAGGGAAGCCCGUAUUGGAUGGCACCUGAGGUGGUGAUGAAUACAAAUGGCUACAGCCUUGCAGUAGAUAUAUGGAGCCUGGGCUGUACAGUUCUUGAAAUGGCCACAUCAAAGCCACCUUGGAGUCAAUAUGAAGGGGUUGCUGCAAUAUUUAAGAUUGGAAAUAGCAAAGACAUGCCUGACAUUCCCGAUCACCUGUCCACUGAAGCAAAAAGUUUUGUUAGGCUAUGCUUGCAGCGAGAUCCUUCUGCACGACCUACAGCAUCUCAACUUCUUGAACACCCUUUUGUUAAAGACCAACUUCCAACAAAAGUUGCCCACAAUGUUAAUAUAAUCAAUCAAGUACAUCCGCGGAGUUUUGAUGGAAAUUGCACACCGCCGGCUUUGGAAUUUCCACCCAAUGGAAGAAAUACUGCUUCUCUUGAUGGAAGAGAUUAUUCAGUCAAGCCCGUGGUAACCAACUCUAGAGCCACGACCAGUUCAGGAAGAGAGAAUGCAAAAGCUGUGACAUCAUUGCCCGUGUCACCAUGUUCAAGUCCUCUUAAACGUAAUGCACAUGGAUUCAGUUAUCUUUCUCCUCCACACCGAACUUACCUUCAAAUUGGUGGCGAAAUCGAAAACAACCAUAAUGAUAACCCAACCUUUGCAGCAAGAGCCAACAGAAGGAACAACUUACUGGACCCAUCGCUUGAGAUUCCUCCCUACAGAAGAACUCAAACGCCAGGUAGAUCUUCAAGAACAUCACCCUUUCUCUAGUUCAUUCUUUUUUUUUAAACACCCCCCACCCACCCCCACCACUAAGUUUAGUGGUUCAAUUUGAAGUGCCAAUACUUUCGAUUAGAGCCUCUUUUGCCUUCUGUUGAUGGGAAAAGGUGGCUAAAGUGUGUGUAUUUUUGGAGGGGAAUCAUCGGGCCUUGUGGUUGCAUCAAGAUAGUCUUAUCUUACUACUUAUUAGCCACAACCCCCCCUUUUUUUUGUAAUGUGUACGCUGUUUCUUUCCCUGUCAAAUAGUGCUAUGAAAUGUAAAUGAAAUGUAUAACAUAGAAUAGAAAGGGUCAUUGGUAAUUUAGACGAGGUUCUCAACACGGGAAAGGGAAAAAUUCAAGAAAGCGGCAUCUUUAUC